GCCGGCCCUGCCUCCAGUCAGAGCACCGGGGAUCGGUGGGUGUGAUGUUGCUUGAACGCGUGGCUGCCGUACCGCUGUCAGAGCGCUCUCUCUGCGGCUCCUCAGCCAUAAAAACAAAGACGCUGUGAGGCAGCGUAGAGGACUCAGGACCCCGGAGGAAAGUAGCCGCCUGGAGCCUGUCAGCAUGCGGGUCCUUCUGAGCGUCCUUUACCCGCUCCUUUUCCUCGCCGUGUUCGGACUCUAUCCAUCCAUGACCAUCGGCCCUAAGGAGGGCUGGCAGGUGUACAGCUCAGCCCAGGAUGCUGAUGGGCGCUGUAUCUGCACUGUGGUAGCGCCAGAACAAAGCCUGUGCUCCAGAGAUGCAAAAAGCAGACAGCUCCGACAGCUGCUAGAAAAGGUGCAGAACAUGUCUCAGUCCAUUGAAGUGCUGAACCUGCGGACUCAGAGGGAUUUUCAAUAUGUCAUAAAGAUGGAGAACCAGAUGAAAGGCCUGAGGAGCAAGUUCAGACAGGUUGAAGAUGACAGGAAAUCCAUCAUGGCCAAGAAUUUCCAGGAGCUUAAGGACAAGAUGGACGAGCUGAAGCCGUUGAUCCCUGUGCUCGAGCAGUACAAGAUGGACGCUGCACUCAUCUCACAGUUUAAGGAGGAGAUUAGGAACCUUUCCGUGGUGCUGACCAGUAUCCAGGAGGAGCUCGGGGCCUAUGAUUAUGACGAGCUGUACCAGCGAGUCCUGCGACUGGACACCAGGCUCCGCAGCUGCAUGGGCAAACUAACGUGUGGGAAAUUAAUGAAAAUCACUGGACCUGCUACAAUAAAGACAUCUGGAACCCGGUUUGGGGCUUGGAUGACUGAUCCGCUUGCAACAACCCGAGACAACAAGGUGUGGUAUAUGGACAGUUACACCAACAGUAAGAUUGUGCGCGAGUACAAGACGAUAGAAGACUUUGUGUCAGGAGUGGUUUCUCGAACCUACAGCCUCCCAUUUAAAUGGGAGGGAACCAACCACAUUGUGUACAAUGGCUCGCUUUACUACAACAAGUACCAGAGUAACAUAAUUGUCAAGUACAGCUUCGAGACAGGCACCGUGCUCGCCCAGCGAGCUUUAGAGUUUGCUGGCUUCCAUAACAUGUACCCGUACACUUGGGGAGGAUACUCUGACAUUGACAUCAUGGCCGAUGAACUGGGAAUGUGGGUCGUGUACGCAACCAAUCAAAAUGCCGGUAAUGUUGUCAUCUCCCAGAUAGACCCCGACACGUUGCAGGUCCUGAAGACUUGGAAUACUGAAUACUCCAAAAGGAAUGCAGGCGAAUCAUUCAUGAUCUGUGGGACGCUUUAUAUCACCAACUCUCAUCUGUCAGGAGCUAAGGUUUACUACGCUUACUCCACCAAGACUUCCACCUAUGAAUACAUAGACAUCCCUUUCCACAACCAGUAUUUUCACAUCUCCAUGUUUGACUAUAAUGCCAGAGAGAGGGCGCUGUAUGCUUGGAAUAAUGGACACCAGGUAAUCUUUAAUGUCACCCUGUUUCAUGUAAUAAAAACCGAUGACGACUCUUAAAUGUGAUCCUUUGCAAAUUCCCACAACUAAAGCACCAUUGUUUGUGGUACAAGGACCAGCUAAUUAACUUUUCCCUUUCAUCAAAAUUGGACUGUGCUAUCUCUACUUGAACCUUUUGCAAUUUAUGGUUCUGUGUUCUUGGAAGGAUUGAGCAUGGACACUGAUGACUUUACAAUAAAAUACAUGAAGCAUUUUUUACAAUAUUGCAUUGCUGCUGAUUAGUCUGGUAUGCCUUAUUUGCAGAGUGUUGGGUUUUCCAGCCUAAAACUCUUUUGCAUGAAUGCCAUGCAUUUGUCUAGUGUAAUCUGUUAAAACAUAGUUGUUUUUGUUGCAAAUUAGACAUUUGCCUUCAGUGUAUGUUUUGUUUGUAUAUUUAAAGUCUAUUAAAAGUUGUAUUUAAAGUUUGAAAGUAACCUACAUGACAUUUUCCAUAAUGUAAAUGAUAAAAUAUGGUAGACAUUUUGUUAGGGAUGACCCUGUAAAUUAUUGAUAUGACAUCUCUGUGAAAGAAGAAUGUUUGUAUUUUUUAUAAACCAAAUCACUGAAGGA